CCAGUCCGGUAUUCCCGCUGUCGCCGUCAGAGCCUUACCUGUUCCUCAGUCCAGCGCUGCGCAGUCUUCUCUCCCGGCUCCAGCAUCUUUAGUGUGGGCACUGGCUGUCCACAGUCUCUGGUCAUCCCUUGCACUGUGUUUGCAGUCUCUGGUCAUCUGUACUAUGUCCGCAGUCUCUGGUCAUCUGUACUGUGUCUGCAGUCUCUGGUCAUCUCCUGUAUUAUGUCCACAGUCUCUGGUCAUCUCCUGUACUGUGUCCGCAGUCUUUGGUCAUCCCCUGUACUGUAUUUGCAGUCUCUGGUCAUCUCCUGUACUAUGUCCGCAGUCUCUGAUCAUCCCCUGUACUGUGUCCGCAGUCUCUGGUCAUCUCCUGUAGUAUGUCCGCAGUCUCUGGUCAUCUCCUGUAGUAUGUCUGCUGUCUCUGGUCAUCUCCUGUACUGUGCCCGCAGUCUCUGGUCAUCCCCU